UUCACUCGGCGCUGGCAGCUCUCAGAGCACCUGUUCUCAUCUGAUAGAGCCAGAAUAAGAUCUUAAAUCGAAGCUAAAAUGAAACUUCUCAGAACCGCAGCGGUCCUUCUCCUGCUGGUCCAGACCUUCCAGCUGGGGUCUCUGCAGAACUCCACCGACUCUCCAGGACGCACCAUCGACAAGAGCUGGUGGCGCAAGCUGCCCAAAGAGAACCUCGGCGUUCCCACGGAGGAGUCGGAGAACGCCGACGGCGGCGACGCGGCGGACUACAGCGGGAUCGCGUCCGGCUCCAUGGCGGUGAACAGCGAAGAGGAGCAGAACCUCACCGGAAGAGAUACGAACGCCAACGGGACGUCCGACGACUCGAGCUUCGUCACGACCGCGGCGCCUCACGUCUUCCACGGCGGCCACAAAAAGAAGAACAAACACCCAAAACCCAGCGUUCAUCCAAAGUCCACGAACUCGAGCCACAGCAACGCGACGGAGGCCGAGUUCGACUCACCGCAGAACUCCACCGGGUUUCCAGACGUGCAGCCGAGGACCUCGGCUCCGAAGGUCAGCACCGCGCGAAACUCCACCACGGAGGCAGCAGGUGAAGGUUUAGAUAACAGCACAGGAAGCAGCAACGCAACCGCUGCAUCGACGCCGGAGACAAACCGGACGUCCACGACCAACUCAUCCGCGACAGAAGUUCCUCUUGAGACGUCCGAGAUGAGCCCGACUACCGCCGAUGUCAACGCAACUGCUAACGCAACUACCGCGACCCCUGAGGUAAAUACAACUACUGCGAACACAACUACUGCGACCCCUGAAGUACCUGCAAACACAACUACUGCGACUCCCGACAUCCCUGCCAACGCCACCACCGCUGCUGCUCCAACCAAGACCGACAAGUCCAACGGCACGGACAAAAGUGGAGGCUCAGGAGGCGGCUCAAAGAGAGGCCUGGCGUCGGAUCCCGGCAGGAGCUCGAGGCAGGGCGCGUGGGCCGCCGUGCUGGGGACGGCGGCGGCCGUGGCCCUGGUGGGCCUGGUGGCCUUCGUCAUCCUGAGGAAGAAGCAGCAGAAGGCCUUCUCACACAGGAAGCUGGUGGAGGACUUCCCUGCAGACCCAGUCCUCAGAUUAGACAACAACGAGCCUCUGGACUUGAACUUUGGCGGUUCGGCGUAUUACAACCCAGGACUCCAAGGAGACAACAUCCAGAUGAGCAGCAUCCCCGGACGCCCGUGAAACCGACGAACAAAGACCUCAAAGACCAAAGUCACGAACUCCCUCCAAAGAAAGUCUGCCAACGGUGAUCACUGGCCAUCCACAGUGGAGUUUUGUAAAUAAGACUGUGAGGAAGGGGGCACGUGGGGGUUUACGUGGGUCCGUUUCCAGCCACUACAGACGACGCUUAUGUCAGAUUACGCUUUGUGUUGAUUAGAUUUAUUGUGCUGAACCCGAAGGCAAUCUAUGUGAAGUACCCCGCCACAGCCAAAACCCAGCGCCAGCCAUUCGUGUGCGAUGCCAAAAGGGAAUCAGAUGAAGCCUUUUUCUGCUAAUGAAGGAUGCGCUUUGCAGUCAAUGAAGGAUGUUAAGAGCUAAUGUUUGUCAUCUGAUUUUAAUUAUUUUUGUGAGUCGGAGCCACACAAGCAAAAACAAAUACAUUAACGAGAGCCGAGAGCAGCUCUAGACGACGCAAAACAACAACAACAAGCCACGACGAACAACGACGUUAUCCAUACAACCAAUCAGCCGCAGCACAAGUGGAGAGAAUUUAAACCAAGGUGGUGUCAUGGCCCCAGAAAGUUCCUGUCAGCGUCCAUCUAUGGAUGGAUCCAUGGUUCUACUAAAAUUCA